ACUCUCUCUCAUCGCUAGUUGCGGCGACUCUCACACAUCAAACAGUCGCAUUCCGAAGGAAAGCAAAUUUUUCUGAUCUCGUCUUUCAGUCAAACGAAAUAGUGUCGACAAAAUUGAGCGACACAUAUUGCACAGACAUAUAUGUACAAAGGCUAUCAGACUAAGUCACCGUGAAAAGAAAGUUAGUCAUUAUACACAGCGAUAGAGAAAAGAAAAUCGACAACAAGAAAAACAAAUUAAAUAUUUACAGGUCAUGAGCGUUCGGCCAAACUAGACGAUAGAGCAUCGCGGAUAGAAAGAGGUUGAAAACCGGCAGAAUAAAUCGUUUAACGAUAUAUCAAAAAGUGAAAUCAAGCGAACGAACGACAACGGAAACGACAACAAAGACAACAUUAAAAUUAACGAAGUUCCAAUCAAAAGAAAGCGGCUCACCAAACACAAUACAAAGUGUUUCCGCUACAGCAGUGUGAUUUUUUUGGUUUUUCGCGACCAGCGAAUCAAACGGUUAUAGCAACAACAUCAGCAUCUGAAAAAGCAAUCACCGCUACCACCACCAACAACAACAGAAUGGCAGUCCCAACAGCUUGUACACGUUUCUCGGAUAAUUAUGAUAUCAAAGAAGAAUUGGGAAAAGGAGCAUUUUCAAUUGUAAAAAGAUGUGUACAAAAAUCCACUGGCCUAGAAUUCGCUGCAAAAAUUAUAAAUACAAAAAAGCUCACCACUAGAGAUUUCCAAAAGUUGGAGCGAGAAGCGCGAAUAUGCAGAAAAUUGCAGCAUCCCAACAUUGUACGACUUCAUGAUAGCAUACAAGAAGAAAACUUCCACUAUCUUGUAUUUGAUUUAGUAACUGGUGGUGAACUUUUCGAGGACAUUGUAGCUCGUGAAUUUUAUUCGGAAGCCGAUGCAUCGCAUUGCAUUCAACAGAUUCUUGAAUCAGUGAACCAUUGUCAUCAAAAUGGUGUGGUGCAUCGUGAUUUAAAGCCAGAAAAUCUAUUGUUGGCAAGCAAACUGAAAGGUGCCGCCGUUAAAUUGGCCGAUUUUGGAUUGGCUAUUGAAGUGAUGGGCGAUCAACAAGCAUGGUUCGGUUUUGCUGGCACGCCUGGAUAUUUAUCACCAGAGGUAUUGAAAAAAGAACCAUACGGACGUGCCGUUGAUAUAUGGGCGUGUGGUGUGAUUCUUUACAUUUUAUUGGUUGGAUACCCACCAUUUUGGGAUGAAGAUCAACAUCGACUGUAUUCACAGAUCAAAGCCGGUGCAUAUGAUUAUCCAUCGCCUGAAUGGGACACAGUUACACCAGAAGCAAAGAAUCUCAUCAAUCAAAUGCUUACCGUCAAUCCAUUCAAACGUAUUACAGCUGCCGAAGCACUAAAACACCCCUGGAUUUAUCAAAGAGAACGUGUUGCAUCAAUGGUUCAUAGACAAGAAACGGUGGAUUGCUUGAAGAAAUUCAAUGCACGUCGAAAACUAAAAGGUGCCAUCCUGACAACAAUGCUGGUUUCGAGAAACUUUAACAGCAAAAAUUUAAUGUCGAAAAAAAGCGAUGGAAGUCAGAGUGUCAAGGAGUCGACGGACUCAAGUGCAACAAUGGAUGAGGAUGAUUCAAAAGACGACAAAAAGGGUGGCGUUGACCGUAGCACAACCGUUAUUGCCAAAGAGCCAGAAGCUGAUGUUUGGAUUGCAUUGCCUACAAGUAAACCAAGUCAUCAAUUAUCCACAAACUCCCAAUGCUCAGCUCGUCGUCAGGAAAUUAUCAAAAUGACCGAACUACUUAUUGAGGCUAUAAACAAUAGCGAUUUUGAUGCUUACACAAAAAUUUGUGAUCCACAUUUAACUGCAUUUGAAACGGAAACAUUGGGCAAUUUGGUUGAGGGAAUGGACUUUCAUAGAUUUUAUUUCGAAAAUGUCGUUGGAAAAAACUGUAAGGCUAUAAAUACAACCAUUCUAAAUCCGCAUGUUCAUUUGCUUGGCGAAGAUGCCGCCUGUAUUGCAUAUGUUCGAUUGACCCAGUACAUUGACAAAGACGGCCAGUCGCAUACACAUCAAUCGGAAGAGACGCGUGUAUGGCACAAGCGUGAUAAUAAAUGGCAAAAUGUUCAUUUUCAUCGAAGUACAACUGGACAUGUAAGCGGCACAACAUCGUUUGGAUUCGCCCCUCAAAACCGUAAAUAAUUGAAUGCAAAUCUUAACUUAACAACAACAACAAAAACAACAACAAUAGUAAUGCCGCAAAUACCCCAGCCACGCCAUCAAAUCAAUUCAUCAAAUUACGAACAAACAAAAAUUAAUAUGAUAACCACUGGGAUUUGAAAAUCCUCAGAGCUGAGGUAUAGCGAUACGUCAUCGUUGCAUUUACUGGAUUAAUAGCAAAAACCAAAACAAAAAAACCUUCAUCUUGGAACAUAAAUUUAUUGCCAAUUUCAUUACUGGAACAAUUUGCUGUCUUACAGAAUAAAAAAAGUGUUAACAUUUUUUCCCGAUUUAUAUUCAAUCAGCUCAAAGCAUAAUUUUGAGCAAUAAACGACCAUUUCUUUUUUGUAUUCAUUCUGUUUGAAUGGAAUAUUUAAUGAAUAUGUAGCAUUUGGUUGAGUAUCGCUCACAUCAGAGCCGAAAUGAAUAAAUAUGGAUAUAUACAGACGAAAAAUAACUGAAAAAAAGCAAAAUGAACUUCUAUUUGCUGAGACGCCUGGGAAUGUAUGCAGAUGUUACUAGUUAUGGGUAUAUGAAAAUUUUCAAUUUUGAAAUUGAUUGAAUGAAAAACCAAAAAAAAAAAAAAACGAUUUUGUUUGCAUUAAAAGACAACACCUUACCUUACUCCCCAUCUCCAAAAAGAGUAAUUGUACCCCUGUGAAAAAUGCCAUUGAAUAAGUAAUUUGAAUACAAUUCAUACAAAUUUAUUAUAAUAAGCCACGAAACGGCUAACUAGAUAGAUAGUCGCCUAUGCACAAAUUGCUCUUUGUAAUGCAAACGAAGUCUUAAAAUUACCUAAUUCGUCUUCAUAUCGGUCAAUUUCAAAUUGACACAUAUAUUAUAUAUCGAUUUUCGAUACCAAUCCAGUUAAUCGAGCUCAUUUUGACAUCUCCAACCAAUAGAUAUAUUAACAUGCAAAUGAAACCACCUAAAUGUCUACAAUAUAACCUAAUACCCUUUUCUCUCCCUUUUUAUUAACGAUAUAUUUGAUGAUGAAAGUGCUAAAAAAACCAUUAAUCACACAAACAAACGUGUAACGGUUUGUAAUUGAUACAUUUUCAAAAGAUUGAGAAAAAAAUACACGUUUUUUUGUGUGUGUCUCCGAAGUGAGAAAAAUGCGAAACUUUUUUGAUGUUAUAACUAAAUGAAAAUAUAAUCAUGACGUAAGAACUAAGUAUUCUAUAUGUGACGACUUCUCUCAAGGUAAUUAGACGAUGAAGAUCAACCAUCUAUUAAACCGCAUUAUAUAUAUAAGUUGGAAGCAAACAAAUUGAUGAAAUGCAAAUAAACAACAUAAAUGAAGAAAAAAAAACAUACAAUACAUGGAAUUACUCGUAAAUGUAUAAAAUAAACAUAUGGCUUGUUAGGUAUAAAUUUUGAUCAGAACGUUUUCUAGAACAAGUAAAUUUCGAUAAAAAAAAUAUUCAUUUUGCGGGAAUGAUUUUCUCUCGUUAAAUCUUCCUGUAAAUAAUAUUAAAGGUAAAAUGAAGUGAAGAACAAAAAAAAAAGAAAAAAAAAACAUUGAUAAAAGAACUGUUAUUAAAAUGAAAAGGAAGAAUUAUAAGAAGAUUUGAAAUGGAAGGAGAUUUGCGACAAAAUUAAAAGAGUGUCAAAAGCGGCCUACUUUACGAUUUCGAUCAAACGCAUCGCCGAAAGAAAUGUCAUUUAUACGGCCACUAAAAGAAAUUCUAAAAAUAAUCCACUUUUUUGACAAAAAUUCCUUCCAACAACUUGCGAACAUACACACAAACAAACACAUGAUUCCGGCGUCUCUUUUUUCUACAUUUCGACGCAAAAAUAAUGAUACGACAUCUGAAUGAAUUCUUUAACCCGUUAAAAUAUUUUGAAGGAAACGAACAAAAAAAAACAAUCUCUUUUGUCAUAGAUAAAACAAACAAGUGUAGAGCAAAAGAAAACUCUACAAAACUUUGCCUUUCUUGCCUUUUAUUGCGUUCUAUAUUUUAUAUUCCGCAUUGUGGAAUUAAUUAAUCUCAAGGGAAAUCAACUGCUGCUUAAAGCACUUGUUAAAGCAGCAUCGAUUCGAUGGGAGACAACCAACAAUCACAAUGAAAACACAAAAUGAAGAUGUAAACGAAGAAAAACAAUAUAAUGAAAAAGAUGAACGACAACAUGCUUUGGCUUUGAAUACAUAAAGUAGUUUUGACUCUCUCGCUUAUUAAAUUUUUGAAAAAUUUCGAAUAAAAAAUUAAAUUCAACCACUUACACAUGCCAAUCAAUAUCUCCUUUUCUCAAAUGGGUUUCGAUUUCAAGCCUUUUGCAUUUAAGUAGCAAAUACGAUGAAAAACAAAACGCAAACCAGCAAAAUAUUUACUGUUGAAACAAUCUUAUAACCUAUUAUUCUAUUUAUUUAGCCUUUUUUCUCUCCUCGACGACUCAAUCCAAAAUAACAACAACACUAUUUUGUUUUGCCAAUAUAUGAAUGACAAGACAUUGGCCGUCGGCCAACAUUCUCGUCACCAUAAAUAUAUUAAAUAUGAACGUGUUUGCAGAAGAGGAACAUAUACACACAUGAGUUAUAAAAUAACUGAGCUGUACAAUUUUCUCGGUAGAUAUUUAAAAAAAAAUGAUAAUGUUAAACAAAAAAAAAAACAUAAAUGAUGCAGGUUUAACGGGUUCGAAACUGAAUUUAACAAAGAACAAAAAAAACUGAAAUGAAACAUCACCUAGUUAGCAUUUUAUUACUUCUUUUAAGUGUGCCCAUUUGCGGCAUUCAAAAAAAAAAAAAAAAAGAUUCAUGUUAUGCAAUUUGAUGCAAAUUAAA